CAGCAAAAAACUUAUAGAAACCACUUUAUUUGUUGCCAUGCCAUAUUGUAAAAUACUUGCCAGAGUAAUACUGGUACACGUAAAAUAAAAAUAAUAGGUUUAUAUAGCAAAGGUGACAGUAACAAAUUUUAGAAUAAUUUUUUUACAUAUCUUGAUAAAAAAUGGCUCACCCACAAUAUCCCCAAAGUAAUGUAUCGAAAUUUAGCGGAUACCAUCCCGAUAAGUAUGCCUUAGACGAGGUAUCACCAACAUUAAAAACUGACGAAAGUUUAACUCCCAACCGACCACCUUGCUUAACUCAGCGAACAAUCAGCAAGUUUCUGCAGCCAUUAACCAGAGAACUGGUCGAAGUACAGCCGAGACCUACUAUUGACGAACUACCUGAUGCAGUAAUCGAGAAUAUGGUGAAAAGGGACAAAGCAUUCUGGGUAGACAAACCUGGUGCCAAUGCUUACACUCUCCAUGACGCGUAUUAUAACUAUGGCAUGACUACUGAAAAAGUUCUUCCGCCUCAUCAAGAUGUUUUUCCCCGUUCAUACCAAUAUGACCUAGAUUGUGUUAAAUACCGACGUCACCAUGCCUGUGAUGGAUUAAAGGCAAAUGAAAGCGACGUGAAGCCUCUCGCAGCGCAUUGCAAUAUAUGCACCAGCGCCAAAGCAAGAACGGGUACCAAAAAUCAGGUUUUCGGUACAGAAUCGACACAAAAACGUUGGAGAUAUUAUCCAGAUGUAACGGCUACCUUAACACCUGAUGAAAUAAGGAAGAGGAUGGAUGAGUUGGGUCGACCAUUCAAAAAUGAAGCCUGUAGGUGGUACAAUAAACAUUAUCCGACACAAAAAUAUAAUUGCAUCAUGCGAAAAUUUUCUAAGUAAGUUCAAUGACAUCUGCUAAUAAAAAAUACAA